AUGUAUAAACCAAGUAACACUGUAUACUUGUUCCUGGCAAUCACCUUGUUGUGUGUUGUCACAACAACUAAUGCCUUGAGAAAGCCCAAGGCCCCACUCAUCUACCCCAUGAGCUCAAACGUGACCAAUGUCCACAUAGUCGCUCACACUCAUGACGAUGUUGGCUGGUUGAAGACUGUCGACCAGUACUAUGUCGGCCUAAACAUGUCGAUCGCCUUUGCUGGCGUUCAGUACACUUUGGACGAGGUCAUUAUGGGCCUGCUCCAGAAUGCCAACAGACGUUUCAUCUAUGUCGAGAUCGCCUACUUUAUGAGAUGGUGGAAUGAACAGACGCCAGAGCUUCAGGAGGACGUAACCGAGUUGGUCCACAAUGGCCAGCUUGAGUUUAUCAACGGAGGCUGGUGUAUGAAUGAUGAAGCCACCACCUACUACGACGACAUCAUCGAUCAGAUGACCUUGGGACACCAGUUCCUCAAUCAAAAGUUUGGUGUCACUCCCAAGAUUGGCUGGCACAUCGACCCCUUUGGACACUCCAGUGCCCAGGCUGCCCUCUUUGCCAACCUAGGAUUCGAGGCCUUCUUCAUAUGUCGUCUCGACUACCAAGAUGAUGCCAUCAGACUGGCUGACAAACGCAUGGAGUUCAUUUGGAAUGGUACCCAGUCCACGCCACAGUACCAGUUGUUCACGGGUGUCCUCAGGAACCACUAUUGCACACCAUCUGGUUUCUCUUUUGAGGACGGAGACGACCCCAUCCAGAACGACCCAACUCUAUUCAACUACAAUGUCCAGCAGCGUGCUGAGGAGUUCGUCGCAAUGGCCCUCGAGUAUGCCUCGCACUACACCACCAACAACGUGUUGAUCCCAUUCGGCUGCGACUUUGCCUACAUCGACGCCAACCUCUACUUCAAGAACAUCGACAAGUUGAUCGCCUACAUCAAUGCCAACCCACAGUAUGGCAUCAACGUCUUCUACUCGACGCCAUCGAUCUACACCAAUGCUGUCAACGAGGCCGGAGUGUCCUUCUCGGUAAAGACCGACGACUUCUUCCCAUACGCUGACAAUGAGUACUCUUACUGGACUGGCUACUUUGUGAGCCGUCCCGCCCUCAAGGGUUACGUUCGCCAGACCAACGCCCUUCUCCAUGUCGCCGAGCAGCUGCUCGUCACAUCGCAGAGCGAGAUCCCAAGUGUCCAGUCCACAUACUUCCCCCAGGUCGAGGUACUCCGCCAGGCCCAGGGUGUUGCCCAGCAUCAUGAUGCCGUCUCCGGUACUGAGAAGCAGGAGGUCGCAUGGGACUAUGCCAUGCGAUUGUCAAUCGGCCAAUAUGCCGUGUACGAGGCACUGGACAGUGUUGUCGGACAACUACUUGUCGGUUCAGGCAACCAAUCUGUACCAUCCAUGCAGUUCUGCCCAUUGCUCAAUGAGUCUUCGUGUCCAGCUCUGACCCAGCUUGCCCAGGGAACCAAUGUACCAGUCGUCUUGUACAACUCAUUGUCCUGGUCUCGUUUCGAGCAUGUCCGUCUCCCCGUCCCAACAGCCACAGUCUACGUGUCCAAUGAGUAUGGCGCUGUGUCCUCACAGACCACCACCGAACAGGACGGCACUAUCUCCCUCUCGUUCACUGCUGAGGUCCCACCCUUUGGUUUCGCCUCUUACGUGCUCUCGACCAGCGCACCACAGGACUCUGAGGCCGUCCACGCUGAGGCUCAUGCCACAGCGGUCACCGCAGGCGACAUAGUGAUGCAGAAUGCUUUCAUCUCUGUGAGCUUUGAUGGCAAGACCGGUGCCAUCAAGAGCAUCACCAAUGUCACCUCUGGCUCAUCAAUCGCAGUCACUCAGGAGUACUUGAUGUACGACCCAUCAACGGGUGACCACAGCUCGGGUCAGUGCUCGGGUGCCUACAUCUUCCGCCCCGUCAGCCAGACCCCCUCGACCUACACCACCACCGACCCCAAGGUCACCUACGCCCCAGGCAGCAUGGUCAGCACACUUACUCGCUAUUGGAACGCCAACAUGAUCCAGACAUUCCGUCUGUACGCCAACGCCUACUACCUCGAGCUGGAGGAGACCGUCGGUCCUAUCAGCAUCGCUGACAACAAGGGCAAGGAGGUAAUCUCUCGCUACACAACCGACCUGCACACCAACAACCUGUGGUACUCGGACGCCAACGGCAUGGAGAUGCAGGAACGUGAGCUCAACAAGCGCUACUCAUGGAACUACACCGUGGUGCAGCCCGUGUCUGGCAACUACGUGCCAGUCAACGCAAUCACAUACUUGCAGGAUACCACCAAGAACCAGCAACUGACUUUUGUCACCGAUCGUUCGCGCUCAUGUGCUUCACUCAGCGAUGGCGAGAUCGAGAUGAUGUUGCACCGCAGGACAUUGCGCGAUGAUGGUCGUGGUGUGGGCGAGCCCAUGAACGAGUCGACACAGAUCGUCACAACUACCAAGAUCGUCUUCCACGGUAUCAACAACGACGCACAGUCUAUGUACCGUCCAUUGUCACUGGAGCACAAUCACCCAUUGUUCCCCGUGUUCACCACCACCCAGCAGUCCCCCAGUGUCUGGUCCUCGCAGUACCGCGGCACAUACAGCCCACUGGCCCUCAACCUCCCAGCUGGCGUGCGUGUCCACACCCUGCAGUGGCUGGACGGUUCAGACACAUCCAUCAUCUUGCGUCUCCAGAACAUCUAUGAGCUGGAUGGACAGGACACUGUUGAUCCCCAACUGAUCACUUUGGACGCCAGCACACUGUUCUCCACCUACUCUGUGACAUCAAUCACCGAAAUGAACUUGUCGGCCACCCUCAAACUAUCCAGCUUUGAGCGUUUGAGCUGGAAGACCAACACUGGCACAUGGUACCCCAACAAUGGAUCAUUGGAUAACUUCACCGUCCAGCUUACUCCCAUGGAUGUCCGUACAUUUAUCAUCACCCUCGAGUCUUCCAUUUAA